UCAGUACUUGUUCUUAAUUUGAAUGGUCUGGAAAUUAUUCAAUUCUGAUUUAAUAAGCUAUAGUUAAUAUGGGGAUCUUUUUUUCACCACUUCAUUUCCUUUUUGUGUGAAUCGGAUAGAUUCUUUAUUUUGCGACCAAUUGCACUUGAUUCCAAUUGCCCAUCUUGUGCCUUUUUCAGAUUCGCUUUCUUUCAGAAGAGACUACAUGGAGGAGGUGAACCAGAUUGAGAGAAAUAGUUCAGAAGAGGUUGAAAUUAAAAGAAUUCCUCCAUGGAAGAAACAGAUUACAGUUCGGGGAAUCAUUGCAAGUUUAUUGAUAGGAAUUAUGUAUAGUGUUAUAGUGAUGAAGCUCAAUCUAACGACUGGACUUGUACCCAAUCUAAAUGUUUCUGCUGCUCUUCUUGCGUUUGUUUUCAUCCGAACGUGGACUAAGUUGCUUGAAAAAGCUGGUUUUGUCUCUAAACCUUUCACCAGACAGGAGAAUACGAUAAUUCAAACGUGUGCGGUUGCUUGUUAUAGUAUUUCUGUUGGAGGUGGGUUUGGUUCUUUUUUGCUUGGUUUGAAUAAGAGAACUUAUGAACAGGCUGGUGUUCAAACAGAGGGGAAUGUUUUAGACAGUUAUAAGGAACCUGGUUUAGGUUGGAUGACUGCUUUUCUGUUUGUUGUUAGCUUUGUUGGUCUCUUGGCUCUGGUUCCUCUUAGAAAGAUUAUGAUAAUUGAUUAUAAGUUGUCUUACCCAAGUGGAACUGCCACCGCGGUUCUGAUCAACGGUUUCCAUACUCCAAAAGGAGAUGACAUGGCCAAGAAGCAGGUUCAUGGGUUCAUGAAAUUCUUCUGCAUUAGUUUUGUUUGGAAUUUUUUUCAGUGGUUUUACACGGGUGGGGAUGGUUGUGGGUUCUCUAACUUCCCUACGUUCGGGCUGAAAGCUUGGGAGCAAUCAUUCUACUUCGAUUUCAGCGCGACUUAUGUCGGGGCAGGAAUGAUAUGUUCCCAUCUUGUGAACUUAUCGUUACUUUUCGGAGCAAUUUUGUCUUGGGGAAUUAUGUGGCCAUUGAUAAGAAUGCAGAAUGGAAACUGGUUUCCUUCUUCUUUACCUCAAAGCAGUAUGAAAAGCUUGAAUGGCUAUAAAGUUUUCAUUUCUAUUGCUCUGAUCUUAGGUGAUGGUCUCUACAAUUUUCUUAAGAUAUUGUUUUUCACUGGUAGAAGUAUGUAUGAAAAAUUGAAGAAAAGGACUCCCAAACCAGAUGAAGUUGACAACAAUAACAAACCAUUGGAUGAAGAUGAUGAACAAAGAAACGAAUUGUUCGUUAGAGAAGCCAUUCCAAUGUGGGUAGCAUGCGUAGGAUAUUUCGCUUUCUCCAUCGUUUCGGUGGUGGUUAUACCACUCAUGUUCCCCGCCCUCAAAUGGUACUACGUGGUAGUCGCCUACACGAUCGCGCCAUCUCUCAGCUUUUGCAACGCCUACGGAGCGGGUCUAACCGACAUGAACAUGGCCUACAACUACGGUAAAGUCGCGCUCUUCAUUCUCGCAGCUCUAAUUGGAAAAGAUUCAGGUGGAGUAGUGGCUGGUCUAAUCGGUUGUGGUCUCAUCAAAUCAAUCGUCUCGAUUUCCUCCGACCUAAUGCAUGAUUUCAAGACCGGUCAUCUCACGCUCACUUCUCCAAGAUCAAUGCUCUUAAGCCAAGCUAUCGGAACUGCCAUCGGUUGUGUCGUGGCUCCUCUCACGUUUUUCCUCUUUUACAAGGCUUUUGAUGUCGGGAAUCCAGAAGGGGAAUAUAAGGCGCCUUACGCGCUCGUGUAUAGGAACAUGGCUAUUCUAGGUGUCGAAGGGUUCUCGGCUCUUCCACGUCAUUGUUUGCAGCUUUGUUAUGGUUUCUUUGCUUUCGCUAUAUCGGCCAACUUGUUUAGAGACUUGUCGCCUAAGAGAAUCGGGGAAUGGGUCCCGCUUCCGAUGGCGAUGGCGGUUCCGUUCCUUGUGGGGGCGUAUUUCGCGAUUGAUAUGUGUGUGGGGAGUUUGAUCGUGUUUGUUUCGCAUAAGGUUAAUAGUACGAAAGCAACUCUUAUACUUCCUGCGGUUGCCUCUGGAUUGAUAUGUGGUGACGGGUUGUGGAUCUUGCCUUCUUCUAUACUUGCAUUGGCCGGGGUUAAGCCUCCAAUUUGCAUGAGUUUCUUGGCUAAGAAGGCGGUUUGAGUCUUGGAGUUGGUUAUAAAAUGGUAGUUUUUUUUUUUCUUUUGAAUAAGGUUAUAGGAGUUACAUGAUUGAAUCAGGAGAUUUGAGCUUGAUGAAAUCUAUUAUUUAUAUAGAUAAUGAUAUCAAGAUUGUAAUAUAUAUAUAUAUAUAGCUAAUUUGAAGUUAGCUUUAAGCUCGA